AUGGCUAACACAGAUGCAGAACCUCAUCCUCUGGAUCAAGCAAAAAAGAGGUCAUCACUGAACUGCAGUUCAGAGGAGAGCCGAGAGGAUAAGAAGCUGCAGCGUGAGAGAAAGAGUCUGGAGGACUUCGACCUCCUCUGUGUACUUGGAAGGGGUACAUACGGGAAGGUGAUUUUGUCUGAGCUCAAAGGCACCGAUGAGGUGUAUGCGCUGAAGAUCAUAAAGAAGGAAACGAUUAAGAAAUUUAAUAUGAUCAGGUACACCCUUCUGGAGAGGCGCAUCUUGAUUCUGGCCAGUGAACACCCCUACCUGACCCACCUGUUCUGGAGCUUCCAGACCAACGAUUCAUUGUGCUUUGCUAUGGAAUAUUUGAAUGGAGGAGAUCUUGCAUUCCACCUGAUGUUGCGAAAUGGAUUUGAUGAACGUCGCACCCGAUUUUAUGCUGCUGAGAUCGCCUGUGCCCUCAUGUUCCUCCACCGAAACGGGAUUAUUCACAGAGAUCUCAAGCCCGAAAACAUCCUCUUAGAUGCUGAUGGCCACUGCAAGAUUGCAGACUUUGGCAUAUGCAUGGAUGGCAUAGUGGAUGGAAACAUGGCCAAAACGUUUUGUGGCACACCCAACUACAAGUCACCAGAGAUGAUCCAGGAUUUGGAAUACGGCACGUCGGUGGAUUGGUGGGCCCUGGGUGUGAUCAUGUACGAAAUGAUGACGGGCUGCGAACCGUUUCAUGAUGACAACCGGGAGAAGAUGUACAAGUCCAUCCUCUUUGCUGAACCAUAUUACCCAUCAUUCCUCAGCAUAAAGGUGGUCAGCAUCAUAAAAGCCUUCCUGGAGAAGAACCCAGAGAAUCGCCUCGGCUGUGUGAAGUCGCAAGGCAAAGAGAACGCCAUCAAAGUUCACCCUUUCUUCAAAAAUAUCAACUGGGUCCUGCUGGAACAGAGGAAAAUCCCACCCCCUUUUCAGCCACAGAUUAUGUCAAAGAGAGACAUCUGUAAUUUUGAAAAAGAAUUCACCUCUGAGGAUCCCAAGCUUUCUCAUGGGGAACUUCCCAUCUUCAACCAGUCCAGCCAAGAGGAGUUUAAAGGCUUCUCUUUCAUUAACACCAAAUGCAAGUCUGGGGUGGCUCAGGUGACUGUAGUCCUUCCCAGAAGAGUGAAGGUUAUUGCACAGAGGAAACUUGAUGUGUUCAAGGAAGACCUGCAGGGAGACUGUGCACACUUCCCAGUGCUGGAACAGGUUUAG